AUGCAGCCUCGAAGGUCAGGCCCCGGUGGUGGCGGCGGGGGAGGAGGCGGAGGGUACGGGGGGCAGCAGGGGGGUUACCGCUCGGGCCCGGGCGGCUGGCAGGGCGGAGGGGGCGGCGGAGGAUACCAGCAGCCGCCUCCGGGGCAGCAGCCGCAGCAGGGCGCGGGGUACGGGGGGGGAUACAGUCAGGGGCAGUAUGGGGGCCCACCGCAGCAGUACGGGCAGGGGCAGGGCUAUGCGGGAGGGUACGGGGCGCAGGCGGGAGGAGGCGGGGAGUACCAGCAGCAGGGGGCGUGGGGCGCGGGCGCACCACCAGGGGGGCAGCAGCCGCCCCCGCCUGCCCCGCCAGCGCAGCAGCCACCAGCCGCACAGCCGCCCGCGCAGGCAGCAGGAGGAGCACCAGCAGCGGGGGGAUACGAUUACUAUGGGCAGGGCGCACAGGCGCCCCCCCCUGCUGGGGACGCGGGGUACGCGUAUGGCGCACAGCAGGGCGGGCAGGCGGGGUACUAUGGGGGGUACCAGCAGGGGUACCCGCAGCAGCAGGGGCAGCAGGCGCCUCCUGCGGGGUAUGCAGCAGCGCCGGGGGGGUAUCCGCAGCAGCAGGGGUACGAGCAGCAGGGGUAUGGGCAGCAGGGGUUUGCCCAGCCAGGGUAUGGUGCGCAGCAGGGGGGGUAUGAUUACUACGCGCAGGGGCAGCAGGCGCAGGGUGGGCAGGAUGCGUAUGGGCAGCAGCAGCAGCAGCAGCCCCCGGCGGGGGGGCAGCAGGCGGCAGGGCAGGGGUAUGGUGGAGCGGAAGGUGGUGCGCAGGGAGGUGACUAA